AUGGUAGGUAUACAAGACACGUUUAUCUCGGAUGACGAGGACGACCUAUGUCCGCUGUGCAUUGAGGAGAUGGAUAUCUCGGACAAAAACUUCAAGCCCUGUCCGUGUGGGUAUCAAAUCUGCCAGUUCUGCUACAACAAUAUUCGGCAGAACCCGGAGCUGAACGGACUGUGUCCAGCGUGCCGCCGCAAGUAUGACGACGAGAGCGUCGAGUACAAAAAGAUUACCGCGGAGGAGUGGAAGCGAGACAGUCUGCGCCAGGCACGGAAGGAGAAAGAACGUAAACAGCGGGAGCGGGAAAAGCGGGAGAGUGAGCAGCAGGCGUCCAAAAAGCAUCUUGCCGGCAUGCGGGUGAUCCAGAAGAAUCUCGUUUAUGUUAUUGGCCUCAAUCCCAACAUCCCCACUGACGAGCUGCACAACACUCUGCGACAGGAGCAGUUCUUCGGACAGUAUGGCAAGAUCCAGAAAAUCGUGAUCAACAAACGCACAAACGCUAGCGGCAACCCUGGCAUCGGUGUUUAUGUGACUUUUGCCCGCAAAGAGGACGCCGCCAAGUGUAUCGCUGCCGUUGAUGGCUCAAUCAACGAUGGCAAGUAUUUAAGAGCAGCAUACGGAACCACAAAGUACUGUUCCGCCUAUUUGCGCGGCCAGACAUGCCCAAAUCCUAAUUGCAUGUUUUUGCAUGAGCCGGGCGAGGAGGCAGACUCGUACACGCGUCGGGAUCUCUCCGCGAUGCAGCACCGCCAAAACAGAACGCACCCUAAUCAAACCAUGCCAUCCCUGGCCGCAGCGGCAGCAGCAGCGGCCCGAGGCAACUCUCUUCCCCAGUCGCCGGCUCCCAUGACCAGCCAGAUAUGUGCUUCUGUGGGGUCCAGCCCGUCGCCGGCGCCGGCUAUCCUCUCUCCCAAGCCUCAAGGCGUCACGGUUGCUCCGGCCACACCCAUUGCGACUCCGCAAGUACACGGACCUGUAAAUGUUCCUGCUCCCAUCCCUACGCCGGCGUGGGGCAAGAUUCCUACCCCUCAACCCCGACCCGUCGUGGAAGACACCGAGCCCUCGAAUGCGUUGCGGAACCUCAGCAAAUGCCUGGAGGUGCUGUCCAAGGGUGCCAUCAACUUUUCAUUCUCGAGCAUGCUGGUGGCUGAAGAGGAUCUGGAAAAGCACCCUAUUCCACCUUACUUUACAUUUUCGCUGAGCAAUGAGACUCGUCUCGACGCUUUCCAGGAAGCAUCCAAGGCCCUGAAUAUUCAUAGAGAGCAGCUUAUUCCCAAACCUACAUCUAUGCCUGUUUCAGAUGCUGGAGCUGCUAUUCGCGAGGAGCUGCUGGCCCCCCGACCCACUCCGACAGAAUCGGCUACUCCUCGACAGGCCAAAUCUCCCACACCGCCUGGUUUGCUCAUGAACUCUCCCCACAACGCUCAAAACAGCCACGAGCUGUUGGCACAUCUGCUGAAGGGCAAGUCCCAAGCCGCGCCCGUUGCGGUCGGAAAUGCACAAAUCACUAGCCAGCUCCUGAAUCGUCUGAACCGCCAGCUCGACCGGCACUUGAGCGAUGAUCCCGAGCAGAAGGCUCGCGACUCUGCGGUGGAGCAUAUGGCCGCCAUGCUCGGUCAGUUGGCCACAAACAAGCGCAAGGUCUAUGAGGAUGUACAGGUCGGCGAUGUCGACUACGAGGCCUCGCUCCCGCGGUCCCAGUACGUUGACGACGGCGCCCUGUUCGAUGUCCACAAUUUGCCCGACGACACAGUCGUGGGGGAUUGUGAGCCGUCUGUGUGGGCAGGAAUCGAAAACCGUAAUCGCAUUGCCGCCAAGUUUGCUGCUUCGUCUCAGGCCUUUGCUAAUGCCCAGUCCCGGGCCUAUCGGGUUCUUGAUCGCGUUAUGUAA